GCGCACAGACUUUUUCCCGGACAGCAACAAUCAGGAAAUUCCUCCCUCCAAAAGAGUCAACAGCAAGUUAGUAUAAAAUGAGACAAGUUGCACACAUUGACAAUAAUCCCACUGCCGGUGAAGGGAAGAAGCCACUCUACCCUCUGCAAAACCUCCAUCAUGAUUUGGCUCUCAGUCGGAGCUCUCCUGGCUCUAGUGGCCUGUCUACCACACACAGCCACUCAGCACCAGGGCGCGAAACAGUCUCAGGUCUCAGAGGUCUCAGCUCAUGAGCGGCAGAGGAGGAUGGUUGGGGGCCUCUUGGCGAGAAGCGUUCCUUGGCAUGUGAUGGUGUAUCUGGGCGAAGGGGUGUUUGAUGGCGGCUUCGCUGGCGGCGCUCUCAUCUCAGACAGCUGGGUGCUGACAGCAGGAAGGAACCUCUUCAUCCAAAGGAGUCGAGACGCCACUCGAGGAAAAGAGCCCCUCAUUCCCAAAAUCUACAUGAGAAUCACUCAUCGGGCCCAUGCUGAUGCAUCCACAGAGGCGGCAGUUGACAAGGUAUUCCUACACCCAGGCUUUCAAAACACAUCAGACUGGGACAAUGACCUGGCCUUGAUCCGGCUGAAAAGCCCUGUCACUUUCAGUGAAUCAGUGAUGCCUGUCCCUCUCCCUGAGCGGGGGGAUGACCUGGAGGAGACGCCGGGCACCCUGGGCCUUGUUGCCGGCUGGGGCUGGGGCAGGGACUUCAUCCAGUCCGACAUCCUCAAGUUUCUCAAGCUGCCCGUGGUCUCCCGACAGCAGUGCCAGUCCGGUUACCAGGGCAAGUCCGGCAAACCAGUGGUGGACGACAACAUGUUCUGCACCGGCCCAGGAGAGGACGAGGCCAACGUGUGCUUCUGGGACGCAGGUGGCGCCCUGGCGGUCCUCAACCCGGAACAGAACAGGGUUUAUGCGGCCGGGAUCCUGUCUUUCGAUAAGAGCUGCGCCGUGGAGAAGUACGCCGUUUACACAAAGAUAUCCCCCUACCUGCCGUGGAUCCACGAGGUCAUGAGGGGUGAUGAGGACUAUGCCUCCCAGCGCUCCUCUGCCCUGGCCCGCAUGUUUUCCAGGAGGUUUUAACUUGUGUGUCAUCUCACCCACAUUGUCUGACAUUAUUCAUUAUUCAUUAGCAAUGUUUUCUAUGCAUUUGUAUGCCUUGUGCAAUGCAACUUUAUGCAAAUACAGUACUUUUUCUGCUUCCUCCAAAUGUGUGGUCUGUUGUAAUUACUGGCUUAAUUUUGGAACAAUUAGUUAGGAGUAGCUGGCUGUGAUCAGGAAAUGUUGCAAUAUUUUAGAGAAUGCCACAGUCAUUGAUGAAAUGAAUUGUUAAUGUAUCAUUGAAUAGAUUAAUUGAAGAUAAGCAUACCGGUAUACAACAACUUGGCUCUGAUAAAAGGUGGCACACAUUUCAACAGAAGAAUAUCCAAAAGGGGUUAAAAAAAUCUCAAGCUUGUGGGUUUGAUUCACUUUGCAAUUUGGAAUCAAUCCUAGGUUGAUGUGGCCUGAUAUUGAUGUGGCCUUAAUAUGAAAGUCACAUAGUGAAAAAAAAUACAAGCAGAGAAAGCUAUUGUUAUGACUAAUGUUUAUUUCUAGUCAAUGCUGUUUACAGGCUAUAUUACAGCCAUAGAAAACGCAAGGAGGACACCUAGUGGUGUAUCUGGGUAUCAUUUAUUUUCUGCAUUUAGUCUAGAAAGUAGUUGUCCCGUGUUCAAAAAGAUGUCUGCAAGAAGUUGUUUUUUACGUUCAGAGCCUUGGAUAAGAUAUAUCUGUAAGUGUUGUUUUCACCUGUUGUUGUGACAUCAGAAAUGAAUACUUACAUGAAUCUUUAUGUGAACUAAAAGAAGAUAUUAAAGGAAAAUUCCGGUAUUUAGCA